GAAUAGUAAAAAAAAAAAAAAUAUGUAGGCACAGGAGUGUCUAUUGGGCACUCCUGGGAAGGAGAGUAGCCUUUCUUUCUCUUUUUUUCUUUCUCUUUCUUUCCUUCCUUCCUUCUUUCCUUGCUUUCUUUCUUCUUUCUUUCCUUGCUUUCUCUCUUGCUUUCUCUCUCUCUCUCCUUGCUUGCUUGCUUGCUUUCCUUUUUUUUUUUCUCUAUAUUCUACCUCUAGGCUUUGCCUCCUUGCUUGCGCAAGUCAAGCCCAAGUUUUAAGUUUUAUGCUUAUGGAAAUACAGUAAAUUAAGACAUUAUUUAUUUAUCUAUCUAUCUAUCUAUCUAUCUAUCUAUCUAUCUAUCUAUCUAUUUUUUGAGACAGGGUCACCUAGGCCGGAGUGCAGUGGCGCAAUCGUGGCUCACUGCAACCUUCACCUACUGUGCUCAAGGGAUCCUCCCACCUCAGUCUGCUGAGUAGCUAGGACUACAGGUGCAUGCCACCGUACCUGGCUAAUUUUUGUAAUUUUUCUUGUACAGUUGGGGUUUGGCCAUGUUUCCCAGGCUAAAUUAAGACAUUUAAAUCACUCAGGCACAACUAAUUUUUUCAUAUUGCCACAUCUUCCUAGGAGUGGGAUUCUGCUUCAGUCUUUUCAGCUCUCUAUGACUUAAUUUUGACUCCCAUCAAUAAUGCUUGAUGUAGCCAGUGUUGGUUUAUUAUUACCAAAAGCAAUGCUGUUCUGGAAAGGCAAGGACUGCAGUGUCUCAUAUGAUGCAAUUGGACGGAACCUCAAGACGACAUUUGCUCCCAGCAAAGGGCAUUCAGCAGAACAAGGACCAAUCAGAAUUCAUCCAACAAUCAUUUUCAGUGUCAUCUAAGACUGGCAGUCUGCCAAGUUCUAUUGAGGGAGCUGGGGAAAGACAGCAAGCAAGCCCCAAUCCUACGAGCAAGGUGUUAACAGACAGUGGGCAUCUGAAAAACAACAGAGAAAUGGACAAGGAGGCAACAGAAUGGCAGGGAGUGAGAAGCGUUACGCAGAAAGACAAAGAAUGGUGAAGAGACAGGAGGUGGAAGAGAUGGAAGGUGCCUUUUCAGAUGAGAUGCUUGCUGGAGGAUGGUAUCCUGAGGAGAUGAUGUUUGAGCAGUGGUCUGAUUGAAGUCAAUCACCACAGCCAACACUGCAACUCCCUUCUGAGCCUGUUGACUUAGAGGUAAAAGGAUCUCAAAGUGUCCAGGUGGCAAUCUUAACUUCCAGUUUAAUGGAAUCCUCGUUGUGUCUUCUGGUGGCAGCAUUUUUCCCUCUGAAACUAACACAACUAAGCAAGCAGAAGCUGAACACGGAUAGGAUGUUCAUGGAAUAUGUUGACAGGACAAAAAGUUGAAACUGUUGGCAGAAACCCAAAGUCAAUAUUGAAGCCAAGCAAAAUAUUGCCUGCAGUGCCACAUUAGAACAGCUUGAAGACCGUUCAUUUUUAAGUGACAAGAGACUCACCUCCAAGAAGCAAUUGUGUUUUCAGAAUGAUUUUAUUCAAGCAAGCAACUUAUUUCAUUUCCUUGUUUGCUACAGUUUCCUGUGGAUGUCUGACUCAACUUUAUGAAAACACCUUUUUCAGAGGUGGGGAUGUAGCUUCCAUGUACACCCCAAAUGCCCAAUACUGCCAGAUGAGGUGCACAUUCCACCCAAGGUGUUUGCUAUUCAGUUUUCUUCCAGCAAGUUCAAUCAAUGACAUGGAGAAAAGGUUUGGUUGCUUCUUGAAAGAUAGUGUUACAGGAACCCUGCCAAAAGUACAUCGAACAGGUGCAGUUUCUGGACAUUCCUUGAAGCAAUGUGGUCAUCAAAUAAGUGCUUGCCAUCGAGACAUUUAUAAAGGAGUUGAUAUGAGAGGAGUCAAUUUUAAUGUAUCUAAGGUUAGCAGUGUUGAAGAAUGCCAAAAAAGGUGCACCGAUAACAUUCGCUGCCAGUUUUUUUCAUAUGCCACGCAAACAUUUCACAAUGCAGAGUACCGGAACAAUUGCCUAUUAAAGUACAGUCCCGGAGGAACACCUACCGCUAUAAAGGUGCUGAGUAAUGUGGAAUCUGGAUUCUCACUGAAGCCCUGUGCCCUUUCAGAAAUUGGUUGCCACAUGAACAUCUUCCAGCAUCUUGCGUUCUCAGAUGUGGAUGUUGCCAGGGUUCUCACUCCAGAUGCUUUUGUGUGUCGAACCAUCUGCACCUAUCACCCCAACUGCCUCUUCUUUACAUUCUAUACAAAUGUAUGGAAAAUCGAGUCACAAAGAAAUGUUUGUCUUCUUAAAACAUCUGAAAGUGGCACACCAAGUUCCUCUACUCCUCAAGAAAACACCAUAUCUGGAUAUAGCCUUUUAACCUGCAAAAGAACUUUACCUGAACCCUGCCAUUCUAAAAUUUACCCGGGAGUUGACUUUGGAGGAGAAGAAUUGAAUGUGACUUUCGUUAAAGGAGUGGAUGUUUGCCAAGAGACUUGCACAAAGAUGAUUCGCUGUCAGUUUUUCACUUAUUCUUUACUCCCAGAAGACUGUAAGGAAGAGAAGUGUAAGUGUUUCUUAAGAUUAUCUAUGGAUGGUUCUCCAACUAGGAUUGUGUAUGGGACACAAGGGAGCUCUGGUUACUCUUUGAGAUUGUGUAACACUGGGGAUAACUCUGUCUGCACAACAAAAACAAGCACACGCAUUGUUGGAGGAACAAACUCUUCUUGGGGAGAGUGGCCCUGGCAGGUGAGCCUGCAGGUGAAGCUGACAGCUCAGAGGCACCUGUGUGGAGGGUCACUCAUAGGACACCAGUGGGUCCUCACUGCUGCCCACUGCUUUGAUGGGCUUCCCCUGCAGGAUGUUUGGCGCAUCUAUAGUGGCAUUUUAAAUCUGUCAGACAUUACAAAAGAUACACCUUUCUCACAAAUAAAAGAGAUUAUUAUUCACCAAAACUAUAAAGUCUCAGAAGGGAAUCAUGAUAUCGCCUUGAUAAAACUCCAGGCUCCUUUGAAUUACACUGAAUUCCAAAAACCAAUAUGCCUACCUUCCAAAGGUGACACAAACACAAUUUAUACCAACUGUUGGAUAACCGGAUGGGGCUUCUCGAAGGAGAAAGGUGAAAUCCAAAAUAUUCUACAAAAGGUAAAUAUUCCUUUGGUAACAAAUGAAGAAUGCCAGAAAAGAUAUCAAGAUUAUAAAAUAACCCAACGGAUGGUCUGUGCUGGCUAUAAAGAAGGGGGAAAAGAUGCUUGUAAGGGAGAUUCAGGUGGUCCCUUAGUUUGCAAACACAACGGAAUGUGGCGUUUGGUGGGCAUCACCAGCUGGGGUGAAGGCUGUGCCCGCAGGGAGCAACCUGGUGUCUACACCAAAGUCGCUGAGUACAUGGACUGGAUUUUAGAGAAAACGCAGAGCAGUGAUGGAAAAGCUCGGAUGCAGUCACCAGCAUGAGAAGCAGUCCAGAGUCUAGGCGAUUUUUACAGCCUGAGUUCAAGUCAAAUUCUGAGCCUGGGGGUCCUCACCUGCAGAGCAUGGAGAGCGGCAUCUUCUUUGCAUCCUAAGGACAAAAGACACAGUGCACUCAGAGCUGCUGAGGACAAUGUCUGGCUGAAGCCCGCUUUCAGCACGCCGUAACCAGGGGCUGACAAUGCGAGGUCGCAACUGAGAUCUCCAUGACUGUGUGUUGUGAAAUAAAAUGGUGAAAGAUCACGA